GCUCAUUUUUAAUGAGAUGGGGCACAAACACACCAGUGUCCAAGCACUGACAGAUGACUCCCGAACUGAAAGUCUGGUCAAGUGUGUUGGUUCUCCAGGAUCAGACAAAGUACUAAUAUAUCAAACAAAUGGUAGAGAAGACAAGGUCGAAGAUGAAGACCCGUUGUCGACCAUUCCGAAUUUUCCGCAAGAUUUCCGAGUUCAUCUCGCUACUCAAAAUCUGAAUGUCCUCCGUUGUGAUUCACAUGCCUCGCCGUCCAUUGAAGGUAUCGGAAAAAACUUACAUGACAUACACAGACCGAUGAGCGAAUCAUAUUCAGAAAGGAAUCCUGGAGGUGGAAUAGCAAUCAUGGAUGAUAUCCCAGUACACCCUUCCUUUACUGGCUGUGAAACCACCUUCCUAUGUGCUGGAGGUUCGUAUCACACAUCCUCUAGUGUAUCAGACCUUACAAAAUUUCAGGGUAAUUUGGAACGCCCCGAAAAAAUGAGAAAGCCCGUAGGAAAAUCAGAACAAGUCCAUUCGUAUGAUUCCAGUGAAGAGGUUACCCAGGUUGAUGGAAGUGCUUGUAUGUUUUCAGACUCAAGCCCAGUGAAAUCCCCGCUGGCUCAUUUCCCGUUCCCUUGUCCUAUUGGGAGUGAUAUUGACAGGAGUGAAGAUCAGCAAACCGUCGAGUGUAAAUUCAAAACAGGCAUUCACCAGGAAACCUGUGAGUCUUACGAUACUAGUAUAUCUUUUAAUGAAAGCCAAAGCGGAAACAUCUCUUUGGCUCAAUUUUCUAGUCAGGUACAGCUAGAGUCAGGUUCUGUUGCCCACAUAUCCACGCCUACAAAAAGCAGCACUAGAAGUAGUGAUCACCCUAUUCACAAAGACGACUUCAAGUGUAAUAAAGUUGGAAAUAUGAGGAAGGAAGAUGCGACUGUACCAAACUCUUCUCUGGAAAAGUUUUCUACGGUUUAUGCAGUGGAGACUGGUGAAGCUCAAGCUAUUCAAAAAUGUUUGGAAGAUAAACACAGUGAAGGGACUGCCGAUGCCCUUUUUCCAAAUGGAAGGAGUUCAGAUUCUGAAGUCAUGCUGAGAGUGAGAAGAGGUGGCAAGAGAGGGAAGGACGGAAAGAGAUCAUCCAAAACCAUCAACCAGAAAGGAAGAGUUUCGGAGAACGCUCCAAGUCUUGAUGAUUUUAAUGAGGUUACGAAAAGGAGUCAGCGAAUGAAUGCUGGAAUUCAUCGUAGCGACACAAUAAUUCACGGACGUGUUCUUGAAUUGCGAGGGAAAAUGACUGAAAUAAAAUGGAGCCAAGACAAACUUAAUAAAUCGCUAACAAAGCCUGAAAAAGUUAUAAAAGAUGCAGGUGUGGUGGGUCAGCAACUAGAUACACUCCAAAGCAAACUACGGCGGAUCGCUGAUGACUUGAAAAAAACAAAGAAUGAUCUUGAACGAUCCCUCUUUGACCUGCGGUUCGUUUACAGUCAGAAAAAGCGCAAGAUCUACAUCGAACAGGAGCUUAAAAGUGUAACAGAUAUCCAGCAGACUUUACUGACACGACUAAAGGUUCACCGGCAAAUCGCUUCCAGGUUGCAAGAUAUCAUCCGAAAACACUCUGAGGAACUAAAGGGCACCAGAAAAAAGCGGGCAAAGCAAACACUGGCACUAAAGAGGGAUAACGAGGAAACGCUUGGAAUGACGUCUGGCGAUGGAAGUGGGGCUUCUUCUGAAAAUGCUACCGAAAAAGCGGCAACAUGCACUGAAACAGAGACUAUCACUGAGGAGAAGCAAAAUACCCUUCUUCAACAACUUGUGGAAUCUCUUGACGACUCUGAAGGCAAUCUACUCGUCAAAUUUAUGUCAAUGUUGCAAAACAAAGGGAAUGUGGAACUUCAAUCAUCAGAUGCAAAGAAAACACUACCUUCAUCAUGUGCAGGAGACACCGAAGAAAGAAAAUCAGCUGCAAUGAAGAACAUAAACACGGACAGUUCACUAGGUGAAAAAGGCAUCUCAGCAAAUCUGUUAAAACCUGCACAGGCGGAGAUCUUUGAAGAUCGACACAAAUUCUUGGUUGAAUCUUCUCAAAAGGAUAGAACAUUAUCAUCCAGAGGAGUGACUAUAGACUCUGAUAUGGAUAACACACCUGAUGAAAUUGAACAUUCCUCUUCAGGAGAUUGCGGCGCUGAAUUGAUGUCAAGCAGCGAUGAUGACAUGGAUGAGGUGUCAGUAGAACCCGGGGCUGUUGGUGAUGUCCAUGAUGCCGCAGACACAAUAGUAUCAAAGUCAAACUGCUCUUUAAACAAAAUAAAGCAAGUUACGUCAAUUGGAAAGGUUGCUCCUGAAAUGGUUAAAGCCAAUGAAAAUAUUAUGAAUACCUUUCCGAAUUCCAAGUCUUUGGAAUGUUUGGGAUCUAGCUAUGGCUGUCCCGUAUCAAGUGAUGAUCAGUUCGGUAGCGUAAUAGCCGAUCAGAAGAAUGUUCAGUCUUCACCGGAACAAAUAAGCAACGUUCUUUCUUCAAAACAAACAAAUGCACAUUUUCGUCCUCUUUGGAAAAAUCUUGACAGCAGUGCCCAGCGAUCCAGCUCGGGGGUUCAAUUCAACAAAGAUCCUUCAGGGGGAUAUAAGCCUACUGGAAAAUUGCAGUUCGGAUUGGGAUCAAUACACAAUGCCUCACUGUCGGAAAACACCAAAUAUUUACUUACUUUCCAGCAAGAAGGGAAGGAUGUACCUAAUACUCGACAGAGACUGUCUGGCCAUGUGGGUGCUCCCUUACAGAAAGCACGGACAGUUUCAUCCACCUUACCUGAGAAUACGUUUGAUUUUGAGUAUUCGCAUAACAAGCAGCUAAGUCAUAUUGACAGUAUCAUCAUGGAUGCAGCUAAUUGGUCACAUUUCAAAGGAAAAGCUGUGGUCCAAGGACCAACUCCAACUCCAACUCAGCAUAAACCACAUGAUAUCUCCAAGGAAACGCCGGUAUGUUGUGAUAGGAAAGAUGAACCAAUAGGAUUGAAUGCAGACAAGAGAAGGAGGUCUGUUCUCAGUGGGUCUUGUACAAAAGAAGAUGUUACUACACAGUCGGCUUAUCAGAAAAGGUGUAUUCCAGAUAUGAAGUUAUACCACAAGGUUCAUCUAAUAGAAGAGAAUGAGCUCGUACCAUAUACAGAGAUCCUUCCGAAAGAGAUAUGGACGACGGACGACAUCGGUCUGGUGAGAGUGCCUCAAGAAUUCAUCGAUGAAAUAGACUUGUGGUAAAAGUCACGGAUAAAUAGAUGUUUAAAUGGUAUUUUAGAUACUCAAAUUUAUUGAGUGGAGUCAGAAGUAUUAGUACCAUAGGAAUACACAAAUUGCAAGCGUUUUCAUCAAUCUAGAUAUCUUUUUCACGCAUUUCUUAAGUCAUGAUUUACAACUGCACUUUUAAAGCUACCGUAACUAAAUCAGAUACGAAAAUGGGCAUGUUUAAUGUACAAGCAGCACGUCAUAUGGCCAUGCACCGGUAAGAUUCUCCCGUCGACCAAUCAAUCAUCGAAGUACAUGUAGGUAGAUACUUCAUGAAAAAAACGACUCCCAAUAAUAAUAUUUGUUAUUUAUUGAGAUAUAGUUCAUUUCUGAUACACAAAUAGUACUAUUGUGCUCUUGUGUCCCUUCUUGUGAAUUGAGGAUGAAGAUGAAGUGAUGAAAAAACA